CUCUGGCUUAAUUGGUUGAGUAGGAGGAGGAGAGUGAGUUGAAGAGAGCGGGAGGUCAAAGGCUGCAUCUUGCGGCAAGGACAGAAGCUGCGGAGGGUGACGAUGAAGAGAUACAGGAACGGCGAGGUGUGGGACUUUGAGAUGGAGACGCCGGUGAGCAGGGAUAGGGCCGACGUCAUCCUCGGCCUCGACGGCGGCGCCGCCGCCACAGUCUGCGUGUGUAUAUCCGCUGCCUUGCCCUCCUUCGCCGGCCGCCUCCCUAACCCGUUCCCUGUCCUCGCCCGCGCCGUCGCCGGCUUCUCCAACCACAACUCCGUCGGAGAAAGUGCAGCUAAGGAAACAAUAGAGAAGGUCAUGGCUGAAGCCCUUCUGAAGGCCGGUUCUAAUCGUUCUGCUGUUCGUGCUGUUUGCUUAGCCUUAGCUGGUGUCAAUCAUCCUAGCGAUCAAGAAAGAAUACUUGAUUGGCUCAGAAACAUAUUCCCAGUGCAUGUCAAGUUAUUUGUAGAAAAUGAUGCUGUUGCGGCUUUGGCAAGUGGAACCAUGGGCAAGCUCCAUGGCUGUGUAUUGAUUGCCGGUACAGGUACAAUUGCUUACGGGUUCACAGAAGAUGGAAGAGAAGCUCGAGCAGCCGGAGCAGGACCCAUCUUGGGUGACUGGGGAAGUGGAUACGGGAUUGCCGCUAAAGCAUUGACAGCAAUAAUGAGAGCUCAUGAUGGACGUGGCCCUCCAACAUUCCUUACUUAUGGGAUCCUCAGCAUGCUUGGUCUUUCUUCACCAGAUGAACUUAUCGGGUGGACUUAUGCGGAUCCAUCUUGGGCUCGUAUCGCAAAACUGUCCCCGGCAGUAGUAUCUUCUGCUGAAGCUGGCGACGAAGUUGCAAACAGAAUUCUACAUGAUACAGUCUUAGAGUUGACUUCCAGUGUCAAAGCUGUUGUUCAGAGGCUUGACUUGUGUGGUGAAGAUGGAAAAGAUUCAUUUCCACUUGUUAUGGUCGGAGGAGUUCUUGAGGCAAACAAGAGUUGGGAUAUCGGGAAAGCAGUCGUAGAUUGCAUCACAAAGAUAUAUCCAGGAGCACAUCCAGUUCGUCCCACGGUAGAACCAGCCGUUGGAGCAGCACUAUUGGCUUGGAACCAUGUAAUAAGUAAUCUAGUCAGUGAUUAUGGCAGGUGAUUGUUCAAACAUGGUGUAGAAUUCCUAAGAUUUGAUUACCACAUGUAAGAAGGUCAAACACGAAAUACGAACUGCAGUGCAGCUUUAGCUCACCCAUCAGUUUCUUCUUUAGAAAUGUAGAGAGUCGAAUGAAGAGAGAAUUGUUCUUAACA